CUCUGUCUGCAGCAGCCGAGCGGCGCUGAGCACCACCUCCAGCAUCACCAGCAGCGGCAGCAGCAGCAGAUCGGGGAGGGUUUUUUUGGAGCACAGUCGGUGGACCGACGACACAUAUGAACAUCGGCAGGCUCGAGAGCAGUAGAUGAUAAUGGCUCGCUGGCUGGUUGCCGGUGGCUCGAGGAGCAGUCGAGGCUGUUGAAUGAGGUGUUGCGCUGUCCGAGGUACUGAACAGCCGCCGUCGCUGUCCCCCUCUCUGUUUUUUCCUUCCACCAGUCGAGACGAUACGCAUGAACUGACGUGAACGCCGAGCAGCACAACAUCGGCGCACCGGUUAACACAGCAGCACCCCCGGCCAGAGUAAAUGGGACCGCACGUCUUCCGAGCGUUAGAAAGAUGGAGAGAUUUUCCCUGCUCGUCCUCAGCUGUCUCUGCGUCUCUCGAGUCACAGCGGAUAGCUUGUCGCCUCCUGUCAAUGUGACCAUCAAAGCAGUGAAAGCAAACUCUGCUGUGGUGACAUGGGACAUCCCCGAGGGAGACCCCGUUAUUGGCUUUGCCAUCACACAGCAGAAGAAAGACGUGCGCAUGCUGCGAUUCAUCCAGGAAGUCAACACCACCACACGCUCCUGUGCAUUAUGGGACUUGGAGGAAGAGACAGACUACAUUGUGCAUGUCCAGUCCAUCAGCAUGUCUGGGACGAGCCCGCUGAGCGAACCCCUGCGCUUCCGAACGCCGAAGGAGGCCGAGACUCAGGCCUCUAAGAGUAAAGACGAAGUGACGAUGGAAGAAGUGGGCCAAACCACCCAGCUGAGGGCGGGGGAGCUCAUCAUCAUCGUGGUGGUACUUAUCAUGUGGGCAGGUGUGAUCGCGCUCUUCUGUCGCCAGUACGACAUCAUCAAAGACAACGAGCCCAACAACAACAAGGACAAAGCCAAAAACUCCUCCGAGUGCAGCACUCCUGAACAUCCAACAGGGGGGCUGUUGCGCAGUAAGUUCCCCAAGAACAACAACAACAACAAUAGGAUGCCAUCUGUCAACAUCAUUGAGGUGUGACUGCCAGGACGUCUUCUCUUUAUCCAAAAGACUUUGUGUUCUCACAAACAAGCGGGCCCCUUUUAAGCCCAUCUGUUUGUCAGGAUGAGGCUGGGACUGUGGGCCCCUUGGCGGCGUUUACUCUCCUUUGGCACGGGGCCUGCCGCUGAAGCCAAGCUGCAUGACUCCGGGGGUCAGGCACGACCUGGCCGGAGCUGGUCUGAGAGCAGGAUCUGCAGCGGAGUGACUGUGGCGAGAGUUCAGAGGCUGCAGCGUGCUCAAUAACUACUGUACCAUGGGGCAGCAGAGAUUAGGGCCAAAUGGCUCCGGCGGUGGAGAGACUGCAGAUAAACCAACCCCAGGGACCAAAGCCGAUGAACAGAGCCAGAGACCUUUUCAUUCUCUCUCUCUCUCUCUCUCUCUCUCUCUCUCUCUCUCUCUCUCUGUCACCUCCUUCUUCUCACCAUCUUUCAGUGCAUUAGCAACAACCACAAACCUGGACAUUUCCCAUUACUGGGUGGCUCUGAGAUGCAUCCACUUUGUCGAAAUCCUUAUCCUUGCGCUCAUCUUCGUCGCAACAUCCUGUUUUUUACGCUUUCUGAAUUGGAGGUAAACACUGUAGAUCAUUCAAGUGUAUUAUUGUAGUUUUACUUAUUUUACUUUUAACAAGGUGCCACCAGAGCAGUCCUGUUGUUCUGGUAUCAUUCUUUUUUGUUUUUCAAAGAUCCUCCCUCGGGCAGAAGCUCCUGUGGGAAAUGUUUUCAUUCUGGCGAGCUCAUUUUCCCCCCUCAGGGAAUCCAGACUCCACCUGGCUAACUUCGGAGCCAUUUCUUAGACGUGCUGUGAUGACGCCAGAGCAGCUUUAGAGGGAUCACUCGGCUCACUACCAGAGCUGAAUCACUCGGUUUUGUCAGGAAAGACGAAACUCAUUUACUUGCAUCGACAGGCAUGUCUGAUCUGUACACAUGUAUACAGGAUCGUGUAGAACAAGCCAGGUGUGGUAUCAUCUUGGCCACUUUUGCUUUUGUCCUCUUUCAUGCUUUUAUUAUCAGAAAUGUUACAUUCCACGUCCAGGAUGAGCCCUUUAGUAUUCCCUUGUGUCUUUCUCUUUGAUGGAUUUCAAAGCAUUCUGGGAAGGAAGGAAAGGUGCCAUGAUGGAGUGCAUUCAUCUAAUUAAUGAACUUUAAAAGGGGGCUGGACUCUAUGGAUGUCUAUAGAGAAGCGGCCUCUGAAGAGAUCCCUUAUAUCAGCAAUAACAGGUGAAGCGUGGAAGCGAGGACUCAAACUCUGUAGCGUGUUCGUCCAAAAAACUCGACCUCCCAGCAUGCAACGUUCAGACAGAUGAACAAACUGCACAUUGAAUAUGAGGGAAUUAAUCCUGAGGUGAUCCCUCCACUGAACUUUCAGAGCAAAGUCUUUCAGCGCUGUUGUAAAAACUUUCUGAUGGAAAGCAUGGGGAAAAACAAAAAAUUUUUACGGGCCCAACAUUCAACCCAGAGACUUCCUUAUGACAUCAACAGAUGUCACCAAGACAGAAGGGCUUCUAUCAAGACUUUUUCAUGAAUCAAAGUCAGCAUUUGCAUUGAAACUCCACGUCGAGGAGACGGAGAACACCGAUAAGGGAUCAGCUGUUGCCAUACGGUUCUGUACACUGUAAGGGAAUUUGUUUUAAGCAAACGGUGUAUUUGAGGGCUGAUCCAAACUCAGUAGUACUGCCUUAAAAUAACUGUAUCUUAUGAUUUAUCUAAUAAGACGAAAGGCCCUGUAUCUCACAUUUGUGUCACAUUCAUUAGCUUUCACAUGAUAUUUAAACGUGUGUGCAAAGUUAAAGGAAACAUUAUAGAUGUAGAUGGAGCUGAGGUAAGUUUGAAAAUCUGGAAGAAACGGUCGCCACAGAAUGUGUAAAUACAUUUUAUAUUUCAUUCUUGUUUGGUGGUGUCAGCUUAGAGGGCCUUUAAUGAAAUUUGACUAAUGUUGGAAAAUGUAAAGACUCAUAAUGUAAAAGGGUACUGCUACUGGUGAAGAUGUAGGCGAUUUAUUUAGUUGGAGUCCUGUCAUUAUUGAGCCCUUUCAUAGCACUCCUCUACUUUUAUGUAUUUCUAUUACAUUAUGUCAUUGCGCUGUUUAUGUGCAAUGAAAAAAGACUCUUUGACGAGGGAAAUGAUGAAAAGAUACUUUAAAUAAUCAUCCAAACAUAAUGUUUGAGAGCCUUUUAGUGUCUGAUGGGCAGAAUGAUAAACACAUCAGCUCUUGUCCUGCAUGGGCUCCAUCUCAUUCUGCGCGGUCACUUAUUGUAAACGCAGACAAAUAGACAGGUGCACACAAACACAACAGGUCAAAACUCCCUUAGCCUUGAGUGUGGGGGGAGAGACAGAGGCAGAGAAGGUGGUUAAGAGAGAUCAAUGAAGGUUACAGUUGAAUGGAGUGGGUAGAAUGAUAACUACUGCAACGGCAGGUCUCUAUCACGUCCCACCUUCCUCUCCCUCCGCUUCCACUCUUAAUAAGAGUUUCAUCGAAAACUUCUGCGGCUGAAGGUUGAAUCCAUUUUCUCCCCAGGAACAGUGCACUCGGUAGCCGGCUCUCCAAUCGAUAGGCAUCCAUCCACACAGUAACGGAUAAUGAUGAUUGUCUCCCUGGAUGGUUUCUUUGAACUGGGGCCAUGUCUUAAGUGUGCCAACGAUAUAUUUCUAAACGACAUUCCCUGUAGGGGAACCUUUUUUUUUUUCUUUUUUUUUUAAAUAUACUUCCCUCCUCUUUUGUUGCUUGAAUGGGUAAAACUUCAGCUAGCAACAUAAGAGGUUUAAAACUGUCAGAAGUUCAGCUAGGAAUAAGUUCUUCCUUAUUUGAGUCACGAGUCUAGGGACAGAGAGUGUGGUAUCAUGCUGUACAGAAAUCCCCUUAAGGCAAAUUUGUGAUAUUGGACUAUAUAAAAAGAAUUGACAACUGAAUAAAAAGUGAUACUCCUCUAGGUUGCCGCUGUAAAUACUGUACUCCUUAUUACCAAUUUAAAUGCAGGGCUAUUGUAUACAUCCACUUUUGUGGUAGGUUGUUGCCCAACUUCACUGUUCAAGAACAGCGUGACAUUUUUGCGGAGAGUGAGAUGGGAAGACUGAUACCCCUCUACAGACAUGAGUGGUAUCGAUCUUCCCAUCCAACGCCUGGCACGAAAGCAUAUUUCCCAAAAUGUCAAACUAUUCCUUUUAGGGUUGCAGCUUCUGCAUACAAGCGAUGUGUUUGAGUGAGCUCUCCUGCACAGAUAAUUCAGCAGCCUCAGCUUGAUGGUACACAGCUGUAGUAGUGUGUUUAUGUCAGACUACAACACAGAGGUCUUACAUAUUGGGUAAAUCAGCGGAGGAAAUCUGGUAUCUAAUUAGUCCGCACAUUUCAUACCUGGUGGUGGAGUGCAGUGAAGUUUGCUCAGUCAGUCACACACGGACCUAAAUGUUCCUACUAAAGACACAAACUGGAUUCGAGUUAUUUAUAGCUGUGAGGACAUCCAGCAGGUGAGCAGGUGAAGUAUAGAUCUGUCAACCACAGGCGAAAAAUCUUUUUCCUUAAUCACUUUCGACAAACGGUGACUAAGAACUCAACAUUCCACUUGAGCCCUGCGGUGGCAAACCACUCUUUUCUUAACAACACAGUGAGGACUUCCCUUCAGUGUGAUGUGUUCUCAUUGCUACUGUAUGUAUGAUACAAUGCCUGAAAUAUACUGUAUGCCUGGUAGCAGUAAUGGGACUACUUUGUGAUGACACAACAGGGCAGUGAAGAGGCACUGGAUCUUUCACAACAACUUACACAGUGUGUAUUUUGUCCACAAACAUGCCUGGAAACUGAAACGCAUGGUUGUGAUAUGACAGAGAAGUUGGACUAUUUCAUUAUGGGUUCUUGAAAUAUAGGUACGAGAUCUUCAAAGAAGCAUGGUUUAGAAAAUUGAACUGCUUUAUUAGUGCUAUCAUGUUUAUAUUCAUUGUAUGAAGUGUACAGGAGUCAUUGCUUAAUGAGGGCUAGCAUGGUUUAACUAUUAUGCACAAGGUUACACGACUUCAAUUAUGAAGAAUAUGGUGUAUGCUUACUUGUGUAUGCUUCAAUAAAAUAAAAAAUAUCUAAUGUUUUCCACAAA